AUGCUAGCUAUGAUGGCGUUACGGGAGGGCGAUCGAAAACGAGGCGAAGGUGACAAGUGCCACUUAUUUCGGAGCUACGACCACGUCGAAGCACCACCGAGAGGGUACAAUCUAUCCGACGCGAAUCAAUUGAACCCGGGCAGAGUGCAAUCGAAUCCCACGAUGAUCUGGGAAGCAUGCAGGGCUACAUCAGCGGCGCCUUUAUAUUUCGACAAGAUGAUGCUAGGCGGAGUACGAUAUAUGGAUGGCGGUGUAGGCCAAAACAACCCUGUGGAGUACGCUUUGAACGAAGCGCAUCAGAUGUGUGCUGGCGGCGACCAGUAUAAGAAAGUUGCAGCGGCGCUAAUCAGCGUCGGCACCGGUCAUAAGAAGCCCCAGUCACGCUUCCAAAACAUCCUCCAUAUCAUGAAAUGGGCGCGUAAGAGCAUCACCAAUACCCAAGAUGCCCAUUUCAGAGUCGAAGGCACGUGCAAAGGCCUUGAUAUCCCGUACUUUCGUUUCGAUGUGAAGACCGGUUUGUCGAAGAUGAAGCUCGACGAAUGCAAGAAGGAAAGAGCUAAAAAGAAGCCCGAGAACAUCGCUCAAGCGAAUGGAAGUGCCAAUCCGGCCGCUCUGGCUUCAGCGCUACCUGAGCCUGUACAGACUCUCGAGAAACCUCUUUUCGACAGCUAUCAGCCCGAAAAAUACGACUACACAACAUACAACACCAUCAAGAACUUCACGUUGACUUACUGCCACCACAAGGGUGGGGACCACAAUAACCCAGUGGAUGUCGAUGGAGAAUUGACGAAUGCUGCCGAACUUUUGGUUUACUACAGAAGAAAGAGAGAGGCUUCGUCGCGGCAGAAGUGGGACAACUUUUCGACUCACCCCUAUGUUCGAGUAAAUCAGCUAUUGAACGGGCUUAAUCGAGAGCCUUCUUUUCCUGCCCGAGCACAAGCGUAA